AAUUUUCGCAGUCGAUCGACAUGUAAUCCCCGUCCUCGAGCAGUUUGGCAAAGUUGAAAAGAAUGUAGCUGAAACGUAACGUAUUCAUUCGAGGCAAAAAGUCCGCAGUCGAGAACGAACGCUGUUCUUUCAAUUUGCUAUUAGCCUUUCCACGAAGCGUGAGGAGCUCGAGUGCCGUCGAGGCCGGAGGCGCGUUGUCAGAAUCCAGUCACUUGCCCGGAGUUUCGACUGCUCGAGUUCGCGUGCGCAUUGAGGUGUAGAAAAGUUUCGGCGAAGGUUUCGGAAGAGGAGGAUCCGUGUGGGUCAGGGGUGACGGUUUUCGCAUCGAGGCCGAGGCGCCGACGGAUUGAAGGGGAUUGAAGGGGACCGAAAGACCCGCAAUAUCGGCGUAUCGGUGCGCCAGACGCCAUAAGUCCAUAACCUAACCCUAACCUAGAUUAGAAGCAGACGCACGCCUGCGGAAUAUCGCUGGGCAGUGGACCAAUCCAGUCAGUCCGUCGCCGCUGCGCGUUGAGCUCACAUAUUUCGGUCGCGGACGACGGACCUAGCUAUGUGACGAAAGUUGGGAGAUAUCAGUGUAUCUCUGAACGCAGCAAGGCCUUUCAGCGAGGGGGAAAGGUCCGAGGAAAGGCAACAAACAAACCCCGUGUAUAAUGGAGUGUCCGCACCUUGCCCAAAGCGUCCGAUUUGACGCCAACAUCGAGGCGAACUGUACAAAGGAUCUGCCAUUCCUCUGCGCAGUGUGUGGCACUGAAAAAAGUGCUUGGCUCUGUCUGCACUGCGGAGCUGUGCAUUGCGGAAGAUACGUAGGGGGCCACGCUAUCCAACACCACGAGCAAAAUACUCAGCACUGUGUGUGCAUAGACUGUGAGAACCUAGCAGUAUUCUGUUACUCAUGUGAUGAGUACGUAGUAAACGACACACUUAAUGGUCAAAUAGAAAAAAUACGAAGAAAUGCUUUUCACAAAAGUGGACACAAGGACAGCGAGGAUACCUGGAACAAAUCACCACGAGAAAAUGGAACGGAUUCAGACGCUUUGUGGAAGGCGGAAGUUGUUGUGAGAAAUCUGAGACCUCGAACGCGAAAGAGGUCGCAUUCGCUCGACGGUUCCAGUGUAGAGAACAGACCUGUAGCAAAAAGAAAAGGCUCAAAAGCAACCAAAGAAAAGAAAGUUGUAGGGCUCAGAAAUUUAGGAAAUACUUGUUUCAUGAACGUUGUAUUGCAGUCCUUCAACAACAUAAGCCAUUUUUGUGAAUAUCUAACGCAAAUGCCCAGCCUGGAGGGAGUCGCCUUCAAUGAAAACCAGACGCAUAGAGGGCGUAUCGUUGCCCCAGGAAGGGCUCGAGAACUUAGCGACGCUUUGUUGGCCGAAGAGCUAAGGAAAGUUCUCCUAAGCUUAAGUUUGGGUGGAUCGAACGGUCAGGCAAUUUCGCCAGAAUGCCUAUUUCUGGUUAUUUGGAAAGUGGUACCACGUUUUAGGGGCUACCAACAACAGGAUGCACAUGAAUUUCUUACAUACAUGUUGGACCGACUGCACACAGAACUAUUACAGCUUUUGCCUCGACUAGGGCAUGAGCCUUUAGGUCUUAGAGGAAAACAAAGUAUAGUAACUGCAGUAUUUGGUGGAACACUUUUAAGCGUGGUACACUGUAUGAACUGUCGUACGGAUUCAAAAACUCACGAACCAUUCCAAGAUCUUUCCCUGGACAUACCGGACAGAUUUCACAGGCGAACGAAGGAACAAGAAGAGACGUGCUCUCUUACGUACAGCCUCGCCAGAUUUUUCAAAGUCGAAGAGCUAGCGGACAGCGAACUCUAUUUCUGUGACAACUGUAUGGGAAAACAGCGAUCCACCAAAAGGUUCUGGGUCCACAGGCUGCCCAACGUGCUGUGCCUUCACAUCAAACGAUUCAGAUGGUGUAAUUCUCAACGUUCGAAGCUCGAUACUCAAGUAGAAUUUCCGAUGGAGUCUUUAGAUAUGUCUGAGUUCAUUGUUCGUGGUGUCUCUGGAACGAGAGUGAGCGCUCAAGGUAGUCAUCUUUACGACUUGGCUGCCGUCAUAGUGCACCAUGGUUCAGGCGCCGGCACAGGACACUACACAGCGUUUGCCGUCCAUGACGGACAGUGGUUCCAUUUCAACGACAGUUCUGUGAGGCCAACGAGUGCGGAAGCUGUUGCUAAAUGCAAGCCUUACAUUCUGUUCUACGUGCGGAAAGAAUUCUCGAUCCCACCUCCUUUGUGACGUUGUUUCCCUCGGCCUCACCUUCGACCUUAUCCUUACCCUCACCCUAAUUCUCGACCAAGAUCUGGUCAUCGUCCUUAUCUCAUCGUACUUGACAACGAUGCGAAGCAAAACUGCUCAGGCCUUUUUAUUUUCAAGUGGUACCUAGGUGAAAUGGAUCAUUUGAAAUAGAAGUAGUGGGAAUAGUAAAUAGAUUGUAAUAUUAGUUGUGUUGUUCGUUUCACACUGAAAAGAAACAUAAAUUAUUUCAUCGCUUUGCCAGAAGCGUCGUCGAACUUAAAAUAACUAAACUUGUAGAUUGUAUGCCUCUUCACCGUUUCAUCCCGUUCUUACUCUUUGACCCCCGUAUAAAAACGAUCAAGUCGCGUUACAAAUUAUGCCGUUAUCCAUUUUAGUUUCGUAGAUAGGCAAGCAAAUACUAUAUUUUUCUAGCUGCCGACGAUAUAAUAAAAGAGUUGCCAAUUAUUUAAGUGACGGUAAUUCAAUGUGAUAUAGAAAAAUGAAGGCAUUAAACGUAUUAGGUGGUCGUAGAAUUAUAUGUAUGUGGGUGCUGUAAAAGAAAAAGAGAAAUAACCAACCUUCUGAUCACGGAAUCAUUGUUAUAGCCGCGUAUAGGUUUGCAAAAGUUGAAAGUUCCUCCUUGUUUUUUUUAGUAAAGUUCUGGAUCUCAUACAACGAUUAAUAAAUCUUGUUUGUUUCCACUUUUUGCCCGGUUCACGUAUUUUGGGAAUGAACUUAAAAGUUCCGAUUAAUCGAGGAAUAACCGAAAUCGUGUCUUGGUCCUCGAAUACUUGGGCCAAACGUAACGCACUCUUAUUUUUAGCUGAAUAUUAAAGUGAAUUUGAAAAGAGAAAAUCAUGUGAAUUGUGAAUUGCUUAAUCGGUUGUGUGAAACUUUGAGCCAGCAGUCUUGCAUUGAAACGGCUAUAUUCGCCCCCCUACCCCCCCGCCCCUUACCCUCCUUCCAAUCCCCGAACACUCGAAAACUCUUAUGUGAUUAUUUAAAGACUUAUUUUUUCUAUAAUAAUAAUUGAUAAGUUAAAAUGUAAUAAAAAAGAACGUUUUAUUAAGGCGAUAACCGAUAAUUAACAAAAAUCAUUCUUAAUCGUACAUAUAAAUUUACGCGAACGGACAAAGUUAAAAUGUAUUAACAACGAGAGACUAAUGUACGAACGAUCAACAAGUAAUAAUUAUAGAAAUAAAAGAACAAAAUCGUGAACCAUUAA